AUGAGCGCAAUCCUUUCAGCAGACGAUUUGAACGAUUUCAUAUCUCCAGGCGUAGCAUGUAUCAAACCAGUGGAAACCUUGCCUGCUGCAAAGCCCGCCGCCGAAAAUGAUUCCUACGAAGUCAGCUUCAAUACCGACCAACCACUCCCUUCCGACCUGCCCCCCGCCCAAAUCUCCCUCACAGACUGCUUAGCAUGCUCAGGCUGUGUCACGUCCGCCGAAGCCGUUCUCGUAUCUCUGCAAUCACACGCCGAAGUCCUACAAGAGCUCGAUUCUGCGCCGGGUCUUCGCUUGCGUGGCAACCCUUCCGGGACUGGUAUCGGCAUCGAGAACCUCGAUACCGGAGGGCGUAUAUAUGUGGCAAGUGUUAGUCCACAAACGAGAGCGAGUAUCGCAGUUACAUUUGGAGUUACUGAACGGGAGGCUGGAUAUAUGAUCGAGCAGUUAUUAAGUGGGCCGAAAGGGAUAAAGAAUCGAGCGGUAUACAGGAACGCUUUCCAGUGGGUGGUGGAUACAAAUGUUGCUCGGGAGGCAUGUUUAGUACUUGGGGCUGAUGAAGUGAUGGAGUCAAUGACGGAUGGGCCAAAACCUUCAAACGAAGCGGAGGAUGGUGCUGCCAUGAAGCAACCCAAAAAGCCCAUACUCACAUCGUCGUGCCCUGGAUGGAUCUGCUACGCUGAAAAGACACAUCCUCACGUCUUACCACAUCUAUCACGGCUGAAAUCACCACAGGCAUUGAUGGGGACGUUAUUAAAGACGACUCUUAGUCGAAAACUUGGAAUUUCUCCGGACAGAAUCUGGCACGUUGCUAUUAUGCCUUGCUUUGACAAGAAACUAGAAGCGAGUCGUGAGGAACUCACAGAUGCUGUUUGGGAAGGAACCGGUACUCGUGGUGUUCGAGAUGUUGACUCCGUCAUCACCAGCAAAGAAUUGCUUAUGCUCGCUGAAUCUAGACGUGUCGAUUUUUCCACCUUACCCCGAACGCCGCUCUCCUCACGGAUACCGUUCCCAGAUCCAAAGCUGGAUUCAUUCCUCUUUCCACGAACCCGGCGGCAUGGCAACGGUAAGCCAGAAGCUGGUUCCUCUGGAGGAAAUCUUCAUUACAUCCUCCAGUACUUUGCAUCCCAACACGAUGGUGCAUCUAUUCAGACGACCCGUGGACGCAAUGCCGAUGUUGUGGAAUAUACUGUCACUUCCUCAACCGGUGAGAUUCUUCUCAAGACUGCGCGAUAUUAUGGGUUCCGGAAUAUUCAGAACCUUGUCCGUAAAUUGAAGCCUGUCAAACCAUCUCGUAUGCCUGGUGGAAAGCCUAUUGGCAGCGCCAGAAGGCCAGGAGGGAAACCCAGCGGGCCAGACUAUGCCUAUGUCGAGGUUAUGGCCUGCCCAGGUGGUUGUACCAACGGUGGCGGUCAGAUUAAGGUUGAUGAUCCCGUGGUAACUGGCCGUGAAGGUUCCGAGGUGAAGCCUGGACCCCUUGAGCAGAAAGCAUGGUUGGCCCAAGUCGACGAGGCAUACUUCUCUGGAGAAGAUAGUGGUAAAGAAGACGAGAUCCAAGAUAAUCGAGAUGAUAUGGUAGAUGGAAUUUCCCCGGCAUAUAUAAAAGAUACCCUGGAGCACUGGGCUGCCACAACAGGCAUAGAUUUGGGAAGAUUGGUAUACACGAGCUAUCGGGAGGUAGUCAGUGAUGUUGGUAAGAAACCUGGAGACACGGAAAGGGUCAUAGAGAUCGCCGGGAAAAUCGGCGGAGGUUGGUAA